GAGGCCGGCUGGAUAAUCGAGCUGGCGACCGAGUUCGGCUCAUGGGGUCCCUGCCGCGAGUGCAAAAAUAAGAAAGGCAAUAGAACGCGAAAAGCUCACUGCCGGGUCAAAAGUACUUUCAACGAGACGACGAUUACUCGGAAUGACGUCGAUCCUGAUAUUAUUGAGAUGUUCGAAAGAUCACCUUUGCUAUCGUGCAGAUCGAUGGAGCUUCGCGAGCGACUGCCAAUCAUCGGCAAACUGACCCGAGACUUGCCGCAGUUCGAACAAGUGGAAGUCUGCAAGCCCUGCAAAAAGGAGAAAAAGAACAAAAAGUACAAAUUCAAGCACAGGCGGCGCUAUCUGCUCAACGAAGCCGCCCAAUUGUCAAUCGUUUGUCCCGAAGCGAGCGAGGAGUCGAACGUCGUUUGGAGAAAGGAGUCUAAGAUUCUGAAAAAAGGCAAAGGUCACUCGGUUCGCAAGAAGGAUCCCACCGAGCGCAUACUAGUCGAUCCCUUCUUCACGCUCUAUCUGCGAGACGUUGGCAAGCCCGAGCAGGGAAAUUACACCUGCACUGUGGAUGGAACUCGUAUGCUCCAAGUCAAAUUGACGGUUGUGAUGAGGCCUCGAGUGACGAUCAAAGAAUUACUGAAGUAUCUGGGCUAUCUGAGUUUUAUUUUUUUGGUCUCGUUCGUCGCCUGGAUAAUCGGCAUAAUACGAGCCUGUCGCAAUCCUCAAAUAUUCGCCGCCAAGCAGCAAGAAGAACUUGUGCACGAAAAAUCGUACAAGAGAAAAAUCGUCGUCAUGAAGUACUGGAGAUUUUCCUUGGCUGCUCUGCUGCUGGUGUUGUGUCUGGCGGACAGGUCAUACGUCAAUGCUGACAUAAUCAGACGGUGCAUAAGAUGCAGAUCGCGAGGAGAUUUGGGCUCGUGCAAGGAUCCCUUCACGCUGAACUCGACGCAAAUCGAGCAGGAGCGCGGAGUCGAGGCGGUGCCUUGCGCCUCCAACUGGUGCGUCAAAAUCAUCGAGAGCCAGAGCAUUCACAAUGAAUACGGCACGGCGACCGAGAGAAACUGUCUCGGUCGAGGUCCCGACGACAACGAGGAGCGCUGCGCCUACACCAAGUGGAACAACAAAAACGUCUACAUGUGCUUCUGCAAAGGCGACCUCUGCAACGGGUCCUCGACGAUCGCACUGUCGAGCUGUAUGCUUGUGUGUAUGGCGAUCAUCGUGUAUUAUAAUAUAAGCGUGUGCCUUGUGCUGCUCUCGACUUGA